UUUUCGCAGCGAAAGUGUCACUGUCACCUCGCUGACUGAGUGUGUGUGUGUGUGAGGCAGAGGAAUGGCAGAGGCGCAAGUGAGCGAAACGGUGCUGCGCUGGAUUACCGCCCUGAACUGGAGCGCGUCAGUCGGGGCCGACCUGUUGACAGGCGGGAUGACGACGGGCCGCGAACAUCAGGGCGGACUGACGAUGAUCGGCUACUGGGAGCGCUCGCUCAAGAACCUUUCCACCGAGCAGCGGACCGUCUUUACCGUGUUCGCGAUCAUGGUGAUGGUGAUGGCCAUCUUCGGCAACAUCGUCACCAUCAUCACGAACGUGCGGCGGGAGCAGCGGCAUCUGCUGCGCGUCUGCAUGCUGUCGCUCGCUUUCUCCGACAUCGCGUUCGUGAUCGUCACCUCGAUCGUGUACCUGUCGCAGUUCAAUACGGAGUUUAAUUCGCUCUGGACCCUCGGUGAGCUGAUGUGCACCUUUUCGCCGUUCGUGCAGACAAUGGCGGUGCUGGUGAACAGCAUCACGCUCGUCGCGAUCGCGCUCGACCGCUACAUGGCCGUGCGCAGCUUGGUGAAGGGCGUGUGGGAACCGAACGGCUGGUUCUGUCUCACGUGCGGCGUGCUGAUCUGGGGCCUGGCAGCGGGCAUCGCCAGCCCGAUGCUAACGCUGUACGAGAUGUACGACAUCGUGGUGCUGACGACGGACCCGCAGCAACCGCACGAGAUCGUCACCGGGUACUACAUGGCGACGAUCUGUGCGACGGACAAGAGCAAGAACAGCUACUACUUCGUGAUCGUGUUUGUGGUGAUCUUUCUCCCGCUGCUCGGUGCGUUCUGCUGGCUCAAUGGUGUGAUUGCGAAAGCGUUCUGGGUCAGGCGGAAGCCGAUCGGGGCGCCGAGCGGGACGAACAAGUGCACCGCUACCAGCACGUCCGGGGAGAGUGGCAGCGACCGGAAGGCAACGCUUACCACCAAUGUGGCCACCUUGCAGCCGAUUGUGGAACGGCGCACGCCAGCCUCGGUGUUUACUUCCAACUGUACCUGUCCGCACCACAACACCACGGCCAUCGUCGGAGAGCCUGCGACGCACAGCGACACACCUGCCCGGUCACCUUCAACGCAGCGACCCGCCCAAGGCCAUCAUCCGAGUGAAGCGAUUUCUAACCGGCGCCGGCGCCAGAUACACAUGUUCAAGGCCAUCGUCGUGCUGAUGCUGGUGUUCUUUGUGUGUCGCCUGCCGAUGUGGGUGUUUCUGCUGGUGAAAAUGGUCGGCGAGGCGAACACGGGCGCCUACUGGAAUCUGCACUACUCCUUCGGCAUCCUGGCGAUGGUGAACGCCGUCCUCAAUCCGCUGAUGUACACGUUUCUCACGGAAACGAUUCGCUUCACCCUGUUCGUGAAAGCGUAUUGCAUGCGCGCUUGUGUGCAACCGUGCCGGAGUGGGUUGCAGCGCGUGAGGGAUGGUGGUGCUGGAGGCUUCCAGUUUAGAAGAGCCCGUGACGCGAAAGAGCGGGACAGCAAUGGUAGUGACAAUGAUCCACGCCAUGCCGGAAUAUACAUGGGCGAUUGAGGGAAGAAUUGGGAGGGUUGAAAAUGUAAAAUUUGUACAAAUGUGUUAGUGUUGUGAUAUAGCUUAAUUAAACAAAAAAUAUGUUAUUGGAACUUUUCAAUUCAUCGCUCAACCCAACGAUCACCGACGAUCUGGACAGCACGCGCGCGACAAACCAACCCUAUCGCUCUCACGCAUCAAAUGAGCACGAGCAAACGAUGCUCACUCUCUUUCUCUCGCUUUCACGAAGGCUCCAUUGCGUUUACGAUUCGCGCGCACGCACUGGCACACACUCUCCGCCGAAGGUUGAUAUGCGCUCUAGCCGCGAUCCACAUUGGAUCACCUCUUGAUCUAUGUCCAGGAGUGUCAAACAUUUAGACAAACAUUUUAAAGCUAGUUAUGUUUAAGCAAUAAAAUAAACAAAAUACACAAUUAAAAAGACAUACUGAGGAAAAAUUUUUAGAAAAGACACAAAUUAUAUAUUCAGCGGUAACUUAACGCGGUAAAGCUAGUUUUAACGUUAUGCUUGUUGCUGUUCACAUAGGUGCAGCUCAUUGUGAGCGAUCGUAGCGACACGAUUGCACCAGUUUCAACUCCAC